GCGUUUUGCGUUUGUUGCUGUUGUGGCGUGGUGGUUGUUUGUGGAGAAGUUGCAUGGUAGUGACCGGGCGCCAUUUGCAAAGCUUUGAUAUAAACCGCCGUUAAUUUAUUUAAAACCAUUUCAAAACCGUAAAAAGAAGGGAGAAAAUCAUUGUUGGAGUGUUCCACAUUAAAAAAAAAAUAUUAACUGAUCAAAAUGUAAACUGAACAUUUUGUUCACGUGAACGUCGUGACUACCGGUACACUUGAAAAUAUCUGAAGAAAUCCCGGUCAUCUGUCUUCGAGGGGUCACAAUUCACCAACAUGUAUCUGUACAACAUCACCCUACAAAGAGCCACGGCGAUAACCCACGCCAUCCAUGGCAACUUCUCUGGGACAAAGAUGCAAGAAAUUGUCAUUUCACGUGGCAAGAGUUUAGAAGUUCUGCGACCUGAUCCAAACACUGGCAAAGUGCACACUCUUCUAACUGUAGAAAUUUUUGGAGUAAUUCGCUCAUUAAUGUCAUUUCGUCUAACUGGAGGAACCAAAGAUUAUGUAAUAGUCGGAUCUGAUUCUGGAAGAAUAGUCAUCCUGGAGUAUAUCCCCACAAAAAAUGCAUUUGAGAAAGUCCACCAAGAAACAUUUGGUAAAUCAGGCGUCAGACGCAUCGUACCUGGCCAAUAUUUGGCCACAGAUCCUCGAGGAAGAGCUGUAAUGAUUGGAGCAGUUGAAAAACAAAAGUUAGCCUACAUCUUGAACAGAGAUGCUCAAGCCAGGUUAACAAUUUCUUCUCCACUUGAAGCCCAUAAAAGUAACACUCUUGUAUACCACAUGGUUGGAGUGGAUGUUGGUUAUGACAACCCCAUGUUUGCCUGUCUAGAAAUUGACUAUGAAGAAGCCGACUCAGAUCCAACAGGAGAAGCAGCACAGAAAACUCAACAAACUUUGACCUUCUAUGAGCUUGAUCUUGGUGUAAAUCACGUGGUACGCAAGUACUCAGAACCUUUGGAAGAACACGCAAAUUUUCUGGUGACUGUACCUGGUGGAGAUGAUGGCCCUUCUGGAGUACUUAUUUGUUCUGAGAACUAUCUCACUUAUAAGAAUUUGGGAGAUCAGCAUGAUAUUCGAUGCCCUAUUCCUAGGAGGAGGAAUGAUUUGGAUGACCCUGAAAGAGGAAUGAUAUUUGUGUGUUCAGCCACGCAUAAAACAAAAUCCAUGUUUUUUUUCCUUGCCCAGACUGAGCAAGGUGACAUCUUUAAAAUCACUCUCGAGACUGAUGAAGACAUGGUAACUGAAAUCAAAUUGAAAUAUUUUGAUACAGUGCCUGUAGCAGCUGCAAUGUGUGUACUAAAAACUGGGUUUCUCUUUGUUGCUUCAGAAUUUGGAAAUCAUUACUUGUAUCAGAUUGCUCACCUUGGUGACGAUGACGACGAAUUGGAAUUCAGCUCAGCUAUGCCGUUGGAGGAAGGAGAUACGUUCUUCUUUGCACCUCGUUCCCUGCGGAAUUUGGUACUCGUUGAUGAAAUGGAGUCACUGUCGCCAAUAUUAUCCUGUCGAGUUGCUGACUUGGCAGGAGAGGAUACGCCACAACUGUACAUGUUGUGUGGCAGAGGCCCAAGGUCGUCAUUGCGUGUCUUGAGACAUGGUCUGGAGGUGUCUGAGAUGGCUGUUUCUGAACUUCCAGGCAAUCCGAAUGCUGUGUGGACCGUCAAGCGGCGAAGUGACGAUGAAUAUGAUGCUUAUAUUAUUGUGUCUUUCGUUAACGCCACUUUGGUACUGUCAAUCGGGGAAACGGUUGAAGAAGUGACAGACAGUGGUUUCUUGGGAACUACGCCAACCUUAUCUUGCUCUGCUCUCAGUGAUGAUGCUUUAGUGCAGGUAUAUCCUGGAGGCAUCAGACAUAUUUGUUCUGAUAAACGUGUGAACGAGUGGAAGGCUCCAGGAAAGAAAAUGAUUGUAAAAUGUGCUGUUAACCAACGGCAAGUCGUUAUUGCGCUUUCUGGAGGUGAAUUGGCCUAUUUUGAGAUGGAUCCGACUGGGCAAUUACACGAAUACAAAGAAAGAAAACGCAUGAAUUCAGACGUUGUCUGUAUGGCAUUAGCAAAUGUGACCCCUGGUGAACAGUUAUCUCUCUUCUUGGCAGUAGGAUUAGCGGACAGUACUGUGAGAAUAAUCUCGUUGGAUCCUAGCGAUUGUUUAGCCCCACGGUCGAUACAAGGUUUACCGGUGUGUGCAGAGUCGUUGUGUAUUGUUGAAAUGGGUUGCACAGACCGUGACGCCGAUAACGCAGCUGCUGCUAGUACUACUAGUACCUUAUAUUUGAACAUUGGUCUACAAAAUGGCGCUUUACUGCGUAACGUAUUAGAUCCUGUCUCUGGAGAACUUUCAGACACGAGAACCCGAUAUUUGGGUUCAAGACCAGUGAAACUAUUCAGAAUACGAAUGCAACAGUCUGAAGCUGUCUUAGCAAUGAGUAGUAGAUCGUGGUUGAGCUAUUAUUACCAAAGUCGAUUUUAUUUAACUCCCUUAUCAUACGAAAGUUUGGAGUACGCCUCUGGAUUUAGUUCAGAGCAGUGUCCAGAAGGCAUUGUUGCAAUUUCAACCAACACUUUGAGAAUUUUGGCGUUGGAGAAACUGGGUGCCGUUUUCAACCAAGUCUCGUUUCCUUUGGAGUACACUCCAAGGAAAUUUAUAAUUCAUCCAGAAAGUAAUAAUUUGAUUAUAACCGAAACCGAGCACAACGCAUAUACUGAAGAAACGAAAAAACAAAGAAGGUUGCAAAUGGCUGAGGAAAUGAAGGAAGCUGCGGGCGAAGAAGAGCAGGAAUUGGCUAAAGAAAUGGCUGAUGCUUUCUUGAAUGAAGAUUUACCUGAAAGUGUAUUCUCGGCACCGAAAGCUGGACACGGAAUGUGGGCUUCUACUUUAAGGAUAAUGGAUCCUGUACAGGGAAUUACUCACAAGUUAAUAAGAUUGGAACAAAACGAGGCAGCGAUGUCUAGUGUUUUGGUCAAGUUCCAAAACCAGCCUCAACAAAUUCUCUUCUUAAUUGUUGGGAUUGCAAAAGAUUUUCAAUUGAAUCCCAGGCACUGUAAUAGUGGGUACCUGGACACAUACAAAAUCGAUCCAAUGGGCCGAGAAUUGGAAUUUGUUCAUCGAACUCCAGUUGACGAAGUCCCUAUGGCUCUAUGUGCGUACAACGGUCUUUUGCUUGCUGGUGUUGGCAGAAUGCUCCGACUGUAUGACAUGGGGAAGAAAAAACUGCUAAGAAAAUGUGAAAACAAGCACAUACCUAACGGUAUAGUAAACAUUCAAGCUAUGGGUAAGAGAAUUUUCGUUUCGGAUGUGCAAGAAUCAGUUUUCAUGGUUAGAUAUAAGAGGGCGGAAAAUCAGCUGAUUAUAUUUGCUGACGACACGCAUCCACGCUGGAUUACGUGCACCAAUGUACUGGAUUACGACACUGUUGCUGUGGCCGACAAAUUUGGUAAUAUUGCCAUCAUGCGAUUACCACCAAAUGUCAGCGAUGAUGUUGAGGAAGAUCCCACUGGUCAUAAAUCAUUGUGGGACAGAGGUCUCCUAAAUGGAGCUUCGCAAAAAGCUGACACCAUCUCAACAUUCCAUGUAGGUGAAACUGUCACGUGGUUGCAGAAAGCGACCUUAAUUCCUGGAGGGUGGGAGUCUUUGAUUUACACAACAUUAUCAGGAACUGUUGGUGUACUUGUACCGUUUACGUCAAGAGAAGAUCACGAUUUCUUCCAACAUUUAGAAAUGCACAUGAGAAGUGAAAACCCGCCACUGUGUGGAAGAGAUCAUAUUUCGUACAGAAGUUACUACUAUCCUGUUAAGAAUGUAAUUGAUGGUGAUUUGUGUGAGCAAUACAAUUCGUUAGAACCAGUCAAACAAAAAAGUAUAGCAUCAGAUUUGGAUCGCACUCCUGCGGAGGUUUCUAAGAAAUUGGAGGAUAUUCGAACUAGAUACGCAUUUUAAAGAGUUUGCUUUAAUUGUAUUAUUUAUAUUUAAAUAAAAAAUAGAUCUUCACCGUUCUAAUAA